AUAAACGUCAGUGUUAGGCCAAAAUUCGUAGUAUACAACGUUAAAAAUUUGAAACUUUUUGAUAAACCUUGUGGUCCAGCCCUAAAAUGUGCACUCCUUGCUGUAAGGUUUGCAAAGCUCCACCACAAUGUUCAAGUUGUCCACCUAUGUGCUGCAGUCCGGGGAUUAGCUACUGCAUCUUCGAUCUGGAGAGUGCUGUUUUCGACACCCGUCACGUCUAUCAGAGAGCUCUGGUUGAGCUGGUCUCGAGUUAUAAUAGAACAAUACCCGAACUCGUUCUGAUCCAAUGUGGACCCAUGGAAACGGCUGAGAUGGCGGAGUUGAUUUGCCGAAAGUGCGAUCUUCCCGUGAGCUGGGAGUCUUUUCGCUUUCAGCUGAAUGAACGCACUUCCGAUCUGAUCGCCAAUCCCACCCUGAUGCCGGGAGUUCAGCGAUUGGUCACCCAUUUGCGCAAAUGUUGUAUGGGACUGGGAUUGGUCACCUCGUGCCCGGAAUCGAUGUAUUGCACCAAGAUUCGUGAUCGGGAGGAUUUUUUCGAUAACUUCUCUUCGGUGAUCUGUGCAGAUGAUGCAGAUUUAAGGGCCCCGAAACCGGAACCGGAUAUCUAUCUGAUUGCCAUGUCUCGGCUGGGAGAUGCUGGACCCGAUUGCACCCUGGUUUUCGAUGGAACGCCCAAGGGAGUCCAGGCUGCCACGGAUGCUCGUCUACCAGUGGUAAUGUUGGCCGAAAAGGAACUUCCCUGCUGCUGGUCAGAGCUGGCCUCUUUGCGCCUGGAAACCCUGGAGGAAUUCGACCCGGAGCAAUUUAAUAUGCCACCGUACAGUUGCACGGAGCCACCUCGUCGGAAAUCCAAGACAUCAAGUCGUCGUAGCUCCCAAAAAUCUGGGGUAAGUCGCCGGAGUUCCGCAGCUAGAAGAAAAGCUACCGAGGAUGCGGAGACCGAUGUGGGCGAGGAGGAGGAAGACGAAGGCGAGGAAGCCGCAUAAUGGAAAAUAUACCAAAUUUUUGUAGUUAAAUACAAGUCAGUCAAUUUUAUUCUAUAUGAUUAAAUAUGAAAUUUAAAAA